AUGACGAAUGAUUGGAUUCAUGAUAAUUAUAUUGUAAAAUCAAUUAUUUCAGUAAUUGGUUGGGAGUUCGGAUUGGCUGCUAUUGCAACCUACUUAGUUAGCAUAUUUCAAGUUCUUCCUCGAUUAGCAUUAAACCAACACACAAUCUAUAGUAUCGAUGCUGACCUCCCUGUAGACCAUCUGACAGCCAAUCGCUUUAUACCAAGCAUUAACUCAGUGUAUAAAGUAUAUUGGAUAUAUAUAAUCUUGUUAACCAUUAUUUGUUUAACAAUGUCAACAUUAAAAGGAUAUUUUCAAAAAAUUGGCGAUGAAACAUUAUUUAAUUUAUUUCAAACUCUUUUAGCAACUGCACUUGGAGUCUCAGAAGCGUUAGGGGCUGUAUGUUUUAUAAAGUAUGGAAGAUUGGUUGUUAAAUUGAUUAAUGAAAGUGCUACACUAGUAGGAUUAAUGGACAAUAGAAAUUCGGGAAAUAAGAAUCGAUAUCUAGAAAGUUAUCGUAUUCAUUUAAAAAAGCUCAAGAUUAUGAAUCUUAGCCUCUCUAUUUUAGUUUGUUGGUUAGGAUUUUUAGGUUUUUGUGUAGCAAUCACGAGAAUAAUGGUAGAGAAAUAUACUCCAUUGUACAUAACUAUAGCAGCUAUAAGCAUAGAUGGAACUGCUAUUAUAAUGUUAAUCACACUUCUUGGAAUCGUUUAUGGCGAAAUGUAUAAACAACGUAGUAUACAAGCAGAAGAAAUUACAACUUCAAUAAAUUAUUCUUAA